AUGAUGUGGACGGCGCAGGAGAGGGACCUGUGCUGCAUCAGCGCGCAGAUCGGCUGCCCUGGAGACGUGCUGGCGCCCCCGCGCCGGGGCGCCGACGGCGAGGGCGGCCAGGAGAAUCAGUCAGGGGAGGACGACCGUGAGAAUCAAUCAGGCGGCGCCCCCGUGAUGACGUUCGCCCCGUCGACCACGGCUUCCAAGGCGGCCGCCGAAGACGCCGGGGCGCUCCCGCUCCCCGGGGAGGCCUUUUCCGAGAAGUCCGACGGAACGCUGACGGCGGACGAAGGAAAGGACGAGCUGCUCGAGAUGGUCAGGAGUAACAGCAAGAUUCUGAAGAAGUACCCGUGGAUCAUGAAGCUCGAGCAGACCUUGGACAACAUCAAGGACUGGAAGAACCACUCGGACGUGGAGAAAAAGUUCUCAUGCGACCUGUCCAACGGUGAUUCGAUCAUGGAGGAGUGGGGCCCCUUCAAGCGGCACUUCUGCUGCAGGACGCACAAGCAGGGCUGCAAGAAGAGCUACUUCGCCUUUGACUGCCAGGCCGGCGCGGAGGACUGGCGGACGGCCUGGCCUGCGUCGAAGAUGGCGUGGUGCUGCCUGCACUGGGGCGUCGGCUGCUCCGGCCCAGACGGGCUUGACGCGUUCGCGUCCGUGCCCGAGGCGGAGGACGCCGUCGGCGACUUCGUGGGCGGUCUGAACGGCCUGUCGUCGUCGCCCGCUUUCGAUUGCGAAGCCGGGUUCGUCACCUGGACGACGGGCUGGUCGGAGUCGAAGAAGACGUGGUGCUGCGACAACGAGAACAAAGGGUGCAGCGACUCGGAGGUCGUCACCAGUCGCAGGCCGGACACGCCCUACAACUGUGAGGACGGCCUGCGGAAUUGGGAGAAGACCUGGAGUGAUGCAAAGCAGGGGUGGUGCUGUGAGCGCUGGGAGCGGACGUCCGUCUGGCCCGCUGGCGCGGACGAUCACUGCUGCCAGCUCGUCGGGCGCGGGUGCGACGUGGGCGCCUCUUCGACCCCUCCGUCCGAGGAGCCAGGCCUGGACUGCGAGGCAGACAUCGAGAAUUGGCAGAACGUGUGGACGGUACCGAAGAAGGAGUACUGCUGCCAGCGCUUCAAAAAGGCGGACAACUGGCCCGAGGACACCAGGUACUACUGCUGCAAGUAUGACCUCGCUUGCCCAGACGGCGAGGACAAAGAGGACAACGCAGACGCCAAGUCGCUCCCGCACGACUGCGAGGCGGGCUUUCCGAGCUGGCAGACCGGGUGGUCGGACGACAAGAAGGAUUGGUGUUGCGCCAACUACAAGCGCGGAUGCCCUGAAACGCACGACUGCGACUCGGGGACGCCCUCGACGUGGAACCUAUCGAAGACGACCUACUGCUGCGAGACAGAAGGUCUGGGCUGCGACGGGCCCCCCGCGCCUCCAACCACGGAGCCACCCACGGCGCGGGACAAGACGCCGUCUCCGGCGCCGCCCUCCCAGCUGGGGUGGCUCUGGCCCUGGGCGUGGCCCGCCCCGGCGCCGUCGGGACCCACGCCCAAGGGCCACUACGACUGCCGCGACGGGCCCGCCUUCGAGUGGACAGAGCACAAGAAGGAUUGGUGUUGCUACCAUGAGCAGCGCGGCUGCGUGGGUUCGAGCAACGCGGAGCAGCGGGUCACGACCACCAAGCCGGAUCAGCCGUACAAUUGCGAUACCGGCUACUCCAAGUGGAAGCAGUGGUGGGACGACGCCAAAAAGAACUGGUGCUGCGAGCACGAGAACAAGGGCUGCGCGUCGGACGCGAAGUCCUCGGGCGCGGACGAGCCCUUCGAUUGCAACGAUGGGUACAAGCACUGGCACAAGAAGUGGGACAAGGACAAGGUCCACUGGUGCUGCCGCUUCAAAGGAAAAGCGUGCGCGCCCGCAGACGAGGCCACCACUGGUGAGGAUGGCAUCGACUGCUCUGGAAGCUUCAGCCUCUGGGAAAGGACGCACCCAGACGAGAGGGUCGCCUACUGCUGCGAGCACGAGGGCAAGGGGUGCUUGCCUUUCGGCUCGACCACCCCAGAGGACCAGUACAAUUGCGAAAACGGGCUGAAGAGCUGGGAGAUCUCCUGGCCGGUGGAGAAGGUUCACUGGUGCUGCGACGUGAAGGGCGUCUGCCCGGGGAACAACAAGACGGCCGCUCCGGGCGACCCGUACAAUUGCGACGCCGGCUUCACUUACGAAGCCAUCUUGCACCCCGACACGAAGGUGAAGUGGUGCUGCAAGCACAGGCAGAAGGGCUGCUCCCUCGACGAGGCGCAGGAGCCGGGCUCGGCCUCGGACAGCUGCAAGGUGGGGUUGGCCAACUGGCAAAACGAUUGGUCGAUUGAGAAGAAGAGUGCGUGCUGCACGCAGUGGGACGCGGACGAGGAGUGGCCCACCGACACGCGCAAGUUCUGCUGCAUGUAUAAGGACAUUGGCUGCCCGAAGCGCACGAAGACGACGCGCGUGGCCACAACGACGACAACCGCGCUGGGCGACGACCCCAUGGACUGCAGGGGCGGGCACUACAGUGGCUGGGGCGACGCCAAGAAGGCGUACUGCUGCGUGCAGUUCCGGGAGCAGGGCCUGGAGUGCCCCGCAGGCUGGGACCACAUCUUGGACGGAUCGACACCUCCGACAUCGACGCCGGCGCCACCGCCUCCACCUCCGCCACCGCCACCGCCACCUGAGAAGGCGGCGACCAGUGACAAGUUCGACUGCAAGGAUGGCCUGGACAACUGGAAGCAGGGUUGGUCGGACUCCAAAAAGAAGUGGUGCUGCGACAACAAGGGCAAGGGAUGCGACGAGUCCGAGAACACGACGUCGCGUCGCAGCACCAGCAUCAGCACCACCACACAGGUGGUCAAGAAGAGCACGACUACCACGAUGAUGUACAACUGCGAUGCCGGCUUCAAGAACUGGGUGGCCGGCUGGUCCAACGACAAGAAGGAAUAUUGUUGCACGACGGUGAACCGCGGCUGCGUGGACGGGACCACCACGUCUGAAACAUACAAUUGCCAGGCCGGCUACGACAACUGGAAGCUGGGUUGGUCCACAAAGAAGAAGGAGUGGUGUUGCAAGGCCGAAGGUCUGGGCUGCGGCGACGACGCGGAUGUAGUGGAGACGACCACGCAGCAGUACGACUGCAAGGACGGCUACGACAAUUGGAGGAUGGGGUGGCCCGACGCGAAGAAGAAGUAUUGUUGCAACUCGCAAGGUCGCGGCUGCGACGGGGGGGAAGCCGAGAAGGAGGACGAGGACGAGGACGAGGACUUCGACUGCCAGGCGGGCAUCGGCAUGUGGUUGACGGGUUGGUCCGAGAAAAAGAAAGCUUUUUGCUGCAAGACGAAGGGCUUCCCUUGCGCGAGCUCCGAGAAGUCGCCGAGCAGCCAGAAGCCGUCGAGCACCACAUCCAGCUGGGACGAGGACACUUUCACGGGUCCGCCAGGCGUGCCAUCGACCUCCAAGGGCGCGUCUUCCAGCUCGUCCGCGACUUCGAGUUCCUCCGCCAGCCCAGCGGAGGCGUCGACGACCUCGCCGCCAUACAGCUGCAAGGGCAAGCCCCCGAAGACCGCCGACGGCGCGGCGGACUACGACUGCCACGAAGGGCUGUGGGAUUGGGCCAGGGGCUGGACCGACGACAAGAAGGAGUGGUGCUGCACGAACGAGCUCCUGUGGUGCCCAGAGUGGGCGUCCAAGGGCCCAGCCGCCGUGGACACCUCGGACUGGAGCGCGGGGCAGAAGGACUACUGCUGCAGGGCCGAGAACGUGGGCUGCCCCGCCACCGAGGCCAAGUUCGCCGUGCCUCUGCGGCGGGCCGCCGAGCCGAUGACGUCGCCCCUCGUGCUCGCCUCGGCGCUGAUGGUUGCGGGCGCCGUGGCCCUGGGCGUGGUGGCCUGCCGCAGAGGCGCGAGGGGGGGCGCGCUCGAGGGCCGCCGCGCCCUCUCGGUCUACGCGCCGAUCCUGCGGGAGCGCGUCCAUUCCUGGAACGCCCCUGCGGCGCCAGAUCAGGUCAACGACAUGACGACACCUCUGAAUUAG